AUGAAUACGCAGCCGUCGAAGCUCGAUAUAAGCGUUGAGCAAUUGCGAAGUAUAUACGCGCAAUUCCAGGGAAUCCUUGAUGAGAAAGUCGCUUUGCAUCUGCCUCAAGAACAGGACACAGUGAAACAGGAAGUUCUGCUCCAGUUGCAGCAUUUCUUGGUAGAAACUAUGGAAAUGACAUCUGGCUCCUUGAAUGUGGUGAAUGCCAACUCAGGAACCUCGAUUUCCGACCUUAUUGCGCAAUCACAACAGGAAUUCGUUGAGCCAUUUGACCUCGAGUUGAAUGAGCAAGUGAGACAAAAGUACCAAGAGUGGGAAGACCACGCAGUUAAAGUGGCACAACUUCGACGUGAGGCACCCAAGAAACUACGAGUGAUGUACGAACAAGAAUUAGAAUCAGCAUUGUCGAGCGCCGACAGUGCGAUCGAGGCCUUGUCCCAACAGCAGGGCAUCGAAUCAGAGGAAGAAACCGAUGUUGUUUCAGAACUGAAUAAUGAGAUGUCCAUGGAUUACAGGGAGUCUCUUGUCAAAUUAGCUCAUGCACAAGGCGAACUUCCAAAGACUCGUGCUAAGGCCCAGAAGGUAGGCCAACUACUGUCGUAUCUGGAGGGCGAGGCGGGCACUUUGCCAAUUGUCGAUCAAUAA